AUGGACACAGAUGAUGGAGAAUCCUCGAGCAGUGGGCCUAUGUCCAGUUUAAAUAGCCUCUUCACGUUCACUAGUCCCGCUGUAAAGAAACUUCUUGGCUGGAAGCAGGGUGACGAGGAAGAAAAAUGGGCAGAGAAGGCAGUUGACAGUCUGGUCAAGAAAUUAAAGAAGAGGAAAGGUGCUAUCGAGGAACUGGAAAGAGCAUUAUCUUGUCCGGGAACACCCUCCAAGUGUGUGACUAUACCGCGGUCGUUGGAUGGAAGGUUGCAGGUGUCCCAUCGUAAAGGUUUACCACACGUCAUAUACUGCAGAGUGUGGAGGUGGCCGGACCUACAGAGCCAUCACGAGCUCAAGCCGCUCGAAAUAUGCCAGUACCCGUUCAGCGCGAAGCAGAAGGAGGUAUGCAUAAACCCUUACCACUACAAGCGUGUGGAGAGCCCCGUGCUCCCGCCGGUGCUGGUGCCGCGACACUCGGAGUUCGCCCCCGGACAUUCCCUGCUGCCCUUCCAGAGGACCUCUGAGCCGGCCAUGCCCCACAACGUUUCCUACUCGGGCUCAGGGUUCCCACCAUCAGCGACGUCUGAACUACCCGACACCCCGCCCCCCGCGUACUCCCCCCCCUCCGACGACUCCGAACCUCCAGGCGAGGUCGCCCCCGUCUCCUACCAAGAACCUCUGUACUGGGCGUCCGUAGCCUACUACGAGCUGAACUGUCGUGUCGGCGAGGUGUUCCACUGCAACUCACACUCGGUGGUAGUGGACGGGUUCACGGACCCGUCGAACAACAGCGACAGGUUCUGUCUCGGCCAGCUCAGCAACGUGAACAGGAACUCUACCAUCGAGAACACGCGGCGUCACAUAGGGAAGGGGGUGCAUCUGUACUACGUGGGUGGAGAGGUGUACGCGGAGUGUCUGUCGGACGCCGCGAUCUUCGUUCAGAGCCGGAACUGCAAUCACCACCACGGCUUCCACCCGUCCACCGUGUGUAAGAUACCUCCGGGCUGCUCCUUGAAGAUAUUCAACAACCGGGAGUUCGCGCAGCUGCUCUCGCAGAGCGUCAACCACGGCUUCGAGGCCGUGUACGAGCUGACCAAGAUGUGCACUAUACGGAUGUCGUUCGUGAAGGGCUGGGGGGCGGAGUACCACCGGCAGGACGUGACCUCCACGCCCUGCUGGAUAGAGAUCCAUCUGCACGGACCUCUGCAGUGGCUGGACAAGGUCCUCACUCAGAUGGGCUCCCCGCACAACGCCAUCUCCUCGGUUUAUAGUAAGUGUAUGGAUAAAGACGCGCUCCUGAUCAGCGCAGCAUGCGCGUGCGCAUAUUCGCAGUCCCACGGGCCUACAACGACGCCGGUGCCGAUUUUGAAACAGAUCAACAGACAGAAUGACGAUGGUUCGUACAGCUUCGGAUAUGAAGCAGCGGACGGAUCCUUCAAGAUAGAGACCAAGUACCCCAACGGAGACGUGGCCGGGAAAUACGGUUACUUAGACGAUACUGGGAAACUGAGGGAGGUGUCUUAUGGGGCGAGCAGUCAGAGAGGAUUCGAACCAGAAGGAACUGGUAUAAUGGUACCUCCACCAACUUUAAACGAUCCGAAGACCAGCGCGUUGGCUGACGGCCAGGAAGAUGAUGGACAGUACCGUGAGGAUCCUAGGAUUUACGAGGACCAGAAAUACAACGGGCGACAAGCGAGACCGAACUCCAUCAGGCAGUAUCAGCCAGAAAGACAACAGUUCACAUCCAGUUUCAGCUCACAGCCACAAGAAAACGUAUAUCAACCACAACCUGAAUACCAACAGCAAAGAGCUUAUCAGCCACAAUACCAGCCACAGCCAUCGCCACAGCCACAGCCACAAAGACCUCUAUUCUCCCAACAGACCAAUCUCUUCAGCCAAUCCCCACAAACUUUCCCCCAAUCAGACUUACGGCCUCAGAGCCAAGUGUAUCACCAGCAGCCACAGUUCUCAUACCAGGCCUACACUCCCCAGCCUUAUCAGAACUACCAAACCCAAAACUACCAAGCACAAAACUACCAAACCCAGAACUACCAGAACCCACACCAGAACUUCAACCCCUUCUCCGGCCACCCCGCACAGAACUUCGAUCCAAACACAGGAUCAUACUCAAUUAACUUCACCGGUUAA